GGCUCAUACGGCGACACCUUCAAAGAGCCUUCAGAAGAGCAGCAAACAAGUCAGCGCAGCAGCAGAGCGUGGUGGCGUUGUGAGCACUGAAGAGGCUCGUAGAGGACGACUUGUAGAGGUCUGAAGAAGGACGAACCCCACCCGGGCUCCGCACUACUUGCAUGGCGACAGCGAGCACCUCAGGGCUUGGGAGGAAGAAGAAGAGCCCUGGUCUCAUGGAUUCUUUUAGCAAGAUCUUUGGAGGGGACAAGAAGAAAAGGAGCAAGGGGUCAUUCCGGGGUCACCUGGCCGCAUCGCCCCAACAGUCCUCUGCCCGCCGUCGGACCAAUGAAAAUGCUGUGGUCCAGUUCUUCCGCAGCAUUGUGUCCUCGCCUCGCCCUAAAUCAAAGUGGAGAGAGGUCUUUGGCUUGGCUUCGUCACCGCGUGCAGAGAGCACAAAGUCACCAGUCAGACGACGCAGGGAGCAAAGCACACUGUCCAGAAUCUUCAACCUGUGAUGCUCUCAUCCGACAGCAGGAGAAACCAAGUCCCGUCCACCCCCCAAACGCUGGAGCACCAUCUUCUGAGCUCUCCUCCUCUGAGGUCCAAAGUGCAGAUUCAAACAACACAUCUACGCGAGGCAGACUCACGACCAAGUAGCCAUGGCAUGUUAACGCGCUAACACUGGCUUUUUUUAAUCCGCUCUCCAGGGAUGGCGGUGACAACCAUAAUCUCGUCUCAUUCCUUAUUUAGCUGUUUUAUGUCUUCAUCAGGAUGUGCUUUGAGUAAAUAUCCCAAUGUGAAUAUCAGUGUUCAUGGUGCUAAUGUUUGCAAUUGUUUUAGGGUUGUUUUUUUUUUUUUGUACGAGUGACGCUUUGUGUUUCGAUGAACAACUUUUCAUUAAACAACUUGAAAUGUGGCGUGUUUCUGUUUGCACUAUUUCGGAACUGUCAAGGCUCAGUUAUUAAACAUGUGCAGUAGUAAGUAGAUGAUUUAAACGGCGAAAAAACCCGCCCUUUUUAAUUGCACUGUCGCACACUAAUCACGGCCCCUGCGAAUGAAUCGGUGGUUUAUCUUACACCGAGUGUGAAGUUGUAACGUCAUGUGUGGCUUGUGAAGAAAAAGGAAGUUUCAGUUAGUUGACGUAAAGGUCUGUUUGCAAGUGGUUCAAAGGUUGCAGGUGGAAGCAGCAACACGUUUAGGAGUUCAGUGAUUAAAAAAAUGAUACAUAAUUGUGGAUUUUGUUUUCUGUUGUAAACAAAUGACAUUGCCACUGUAAUUUCUCCAUGUUCUAUGUGCUUAUGUAGCCACAGAGAAGGGUGUGUAGUGCAUUUUCCUUAUUAGAUUUAUGUUUGAAUGUGUAGCCUAACUGGAAAUAAACACACCUUUAGUAUUUACUUUGUUGAUGCACAUCAUCAAUUAAUGAAAUCAUAUCAUAUUAAAUGUUCUGAAAUCUGACAA